UCUCUGAACUUACCAAUAAAUAAUCCAAAAGUCAAUCAGCUUGUGUAGUUGCAGCCUGAUCAGUAAACCCGUCCACCAGCCUGUCCUUUCUUCAAAAUGUCCACGAAGGUCCUGUCUUUCACUCUCCUCCUGCUCUGUCUGUGCUUCCAGGCCUCUGCACAAAACCAUCGCCAUCCUGGCAAAAAGUUAAAAUGCUGCACGGUGGCCAUUGCCAACAAUGUCAGCACUGACGUGAUUGGGAACACAUACGAAGAACAACAUUCCCAUAAACACUGUGUGGAGGCUAUAAUUUUCGCCACACGUACUGGAACAGUCUGUGUUGAUCCCAAAGCUGAAUGGGUCAAGAAACUCACUGCCAAAAUGAAAAAGCUGUGAAGCAUCGUCGCCUGCCUGAGCAAAACGUUUUCCUGCCGAUAUUUGAAAACACACACAAACACACACACACACACACACACACACACACACACACACACACACACACACACACACACACACACACACACACACACACACACACACACACACACACACACACACACACACACACACACACAGCAACACUGUAGACACUUAUAGUCUUUAAUAAUCUCUCUGAAUUAACACAUCUCCAUGCUUGUAGCUUAGCUCAAACAUAAUAGUAUAUCUGCAAAAACUGCAAUAUGAAGCAAUAAAUAAAUGUUCUAUCCCAAAACA